AUGGGUCCUCACCUCAACAACGUCGCUUCCGAUCGGGUCAAGGGCUCUUGGAGCCCCAAGGAGGAUGCCACUCUCAUCAAGCUCGUCCACCACCACGGCCCUCGCAAUUGGUCUCUCAUCAGCCUCGGCAUUCCGGGACGGUCCGGAAAGUCUUGCAGGCUCCGAUGGUGCAAUCAGCUCAGCCCAGGCGUACAGCACCGUCCUUUUACUCCCGCCGAGGAUGCCGUCAUCGUCCAGGCUCACGCCGUCCACGGUAACAAGUGGGCUACCAUCGCCCGUCUCUUGCCAGGACGAACGGACAACUCCAUCAGAACCACUGGAACUCCACACUGCGCCGCCGCCGAGCGGCGGAGAUGUCUUAUGUGUCCGGAUCGUCAGAGGCGGACUCUACUGUGGUAAUGAAGAAGCGGCCGGAGCCUUGUGAUCCCCGAAUGAGUCGGACAUAUGGAAGUCAGGGCAGCGAUUGAAACGGCAGUGCCUCCAGAGGAUUUCACCGGGAAACAAUAGUUACAAGGAUCCAAUGGUGGACUCUGUGACGACGUCGUUGAGUUUGUUACCCUCCAGAGAGAGAGUGGAUGGAAAAGUGAAAGAAGAGAACGAGGAAGACGAAUACGAAGACGGAGGCGAGGGCGAGGGCGAAGGGAGUGAGAGCGGGAGGCGAAAGGAAGGGGAAGAGCCGUGGUUGAUGAGGAUGAUGAAGCGCUUGAUAGCAGAGGAGGGUUAGGAAUUACGUUGAUAGUUUGCGGGCCGGUGAUAAGCCAGUUCUCAGAAUUGGGCCGGGCCUUAACAUGGACCCGUCUUCUAUUCAUAAGUGAACCCAUUUCUUAUUCUAUUAAUUAAUGUUGAGUUCUGUUCAUACAAAAGUACCUAGGGCUAUGUUAAGUUCGUGACUUUUUAAUUAUUUUAAAAAACCAUAAUAUUUUAUAUUAAG